ACUUAUUGGAAAAUGAUAAAAUUUAUGUAUGAAGUAGCACAAACUACUGUGCUGUGGACUUGGUGAUGAAAGUUAUGUACUCUAUGAUGUGUUUGUAUUAUCUUUGUAAUUAAAAUUUUUCAUUAAUUUCUAUUUUUCUGCUGGUAUACCAUCAAAAUAAAUGUUGUUUUCAUGGGGAGCUAACUCUCAUGGCCAACUCGGCUUAGGGGUUGUAAAUGAACAAGUUGAAACGGCUUCAAAGGUUAUAAUUGAAUCCACAACCACAAAUAUAAUUAAACAAAUCUGCUGUGGAGGAGGCCACACACUACUUCUAGAUAGUGAGGGAAAACUGUUUUCAUGUGGUUGGAAUCAUAAAUUACAAUCUGGAACUGAAACUGAGACCCAUGAUUUUCAAAGAGUAUGGAAAUUAAGUGGAAUAACAUUUGUUAAUAUUGCAUGUGGCUGGGAUUUUAGUUGUGGAGUAACUGACGAUAAAUUCUUAUUUGUGUGGGGCUCGAACAGCAAUGGGGAGCUAGGAUUACCUAAAGAACAAUUCCCAGAUGUUGUAAAACCUAUUCGACUACAGAUUAAUGCAUGUGCAGUAUCAAUGGGGCUGAAACAUUCUGCUGUAAUAAAUUCAAAAGGUGAAGUUUGGAUAACAGGCUAUGGUCGUCAUGGUCAAUUAGGUUUAGGGUCAGAGAUAUUGUCAACUGACAGAUUUCAAAUAGUUCCAAAAGUUGGUAAAAUUUCGCAUGUUGCUUGUGGGCAAAAUCACACCACAGCUUGGUGUUCUGAAGAGAAAGCACUGUAUGUUUGGGGUGACAACAGACAUGGUCAGUUGUUACUUGAUACAGUGAAAUAUAAGAAAGUCUUCACACCUCAAAAAAUUGAUAUUGAUGUUAAGCAGAAUGUUAAAAAAUUAUUCAGUGGAUGGACAAACUCAUUGUUAUGGUUGGAAAAUGGUGAACUUGUUGCAUGGGGUAGAAACAAUUAUGGACAACUGGGUACAAAUGAAAGUCUUGUUGGCAAAAUCUUUCACGUAAAAUUGCCAGGCAAUCGCCACGUACAGGAUGUUGCAGUAGGUUCAGAACAUUCUAUAUGUUUGGCAACAGACAAUACUCUUUGGUCUUGGGGUUGGAAUGAACAUGCUAAUACUGGCACUAAUAUUGAGGAAAAGUCUGUUUACCAGCCUACUUUAGUGCCUCUCAAAUUGGAUAGCAAUUUGAUUAUAUCUCAAAUCUAUGCUGGUGGUGCUCAAAAUUUUGUGGUGAUGUCAGAAAAGGAAGAAAUGCAUAAAAAUAAGUGUAAAAACAUGCCUAGUGAUAAUACAAUAACAAAUGAAGAAUAAUUCUAGUCAAACAGUGAUUUAUUGCAUUAAUAUUACAAAUCUGAACUUUAAAUCCAUUUAUUUCGAUUUACAUGUAUUUUUAUAUAUAUUUAGACACU